GGAUCUUUAAGGCGCCGGGAAUGGCGUGCCUGGGCGGAGCCGCUGCAGGAAGAGCCCUUCGAAUGGGUUGGCUAGAACCCAGGACCGGCGCAACUGGGCGGGCCCGGAGCAGGAGGAGGUUCACACUGUGCAGACUUGUUGGCUACCUCGGUAAUACUCGGAUUUGCCCUGCCGCUCUCAGUUCCUCAGCUCGGGUGGCUCUGGCAGAGUCUGCGCGAUGGGCGACCCGGAAAGGCCGGAAGCGGCCAGGCCGGAGGAGGGUGAGCAAUUGUGUCCAGAGACAAAAGAAAGCGCGGUGAGGUCAAAUGAAGAGCCACUCCUCAGAAAGAGUUCCCGACGGUUUGUCAUCUUUCCAAUCCAGUACCCUGAUAUUUGGAAGAUGUAUAAGCAAGCACAGGCAUCUUUCUGGACAGCAGAGGAGGUUGACUUGUCCAAGGACCUCCCUCAUUGGAACAAGCUUAAGUCGGAAGAGAAGUAUUUUAUCUCCCACAUCUUAGCAUUUUUCGCAGCCAGCGAUGGAAUUGUAAAUGAAAACUUGGUGGAGCGUUUUAGUCAAGAGGUGCAGGUUCCAGAGGCUCGCUGCUUCUAUGGCUUUCAGAUUCUCAUCGAGAAUGUUCACUCAGAGAUGUACAGUUUACUAAUAGACACUUACAUCAGAGAUCCAAAGAAGAGGGAAUUUUUAUUUAAUGCAAUUGAAACAAUGCCGUAUGUUAAGAAAAAAGCAGAUUGGGCUCUGCGCUGGAUAGCAGAUAGGAAAUCUACUUUUGGGGAAAGAGUGGUGGCCUUCGCUGCUGUAGAAGGUAUUUUCUUCUCUGGAUCAUUUGCUGCUAUAUUCUGGCUAAAGAAGAGAGGCCUCAUGCCUGGGCUGACUUUUUCAAAUGAACUGAUCAGCAGGGAUGAAGGACUUCACUGUGACUUUGCCUGCCUGAUGUUUCAGUACCUGGUAAACAAGCCUUCAGAAGAAAGGGUCAGGGAAAUCAUUGUUGACGCUGUUAAAAUUGAGCAGGAGUUUUUAACAGAAGCCUUGCCUGUUGGCCUCAUUGGAAUGAACUGUGUUUUGAUGAAACAAUAUAUUGAGUUUGUAGCUGACAGAUUACUUGGAGAACUUGGAUUCUCAAAGAUUUUUCAGGCAGAAAAUCCCUUUGAUUUUAUGGAGAACAUUUCGUUAGAAGGGAAAACAAAUUUCUUUGAGAAACGAGUUUCUGAGUAUCAGCGAUUUGCAGUCAUGGCAGAAACCACAGAUAAUGUCUUCACCUUGGAUGCAGAUUUCUAAAGCCCUCCUCAUAAAAACGAUGAUAGAAUCUGGCUGCGGUGGGGCACGCUUUCAAUCCAGCACUCAAAAGGGGGCGAGGAUCUCUGUGAGUUUGGGGAUAAUCAGGGAUACAUACUGAGAUCUGUCUCAAAAGCAAAUACCAACAGCAAAAACAAACAAAACACAUGGAAACCUGUUGUUGGCAAAUAGCGAUCUCUUUUUCUGUUGUUUUGAAACUUUGAGUAUCUCAUUUAAGGGAAUGAGAGUUUGAAUAGGAGGAAAUCCAAAACUAAAUUGUGAAUGAUUUGAUUUUAUCUAAAUGCACUUCAGUUUAUUCACAC